AACAACAACAGCAACAACAUACCGAACAAGAAUUAAAGGCUCCAAAUCACCUCUGUUAUAGAGGCCACCGGAACCUGAACCUUAAUUUUCAUUUUUCGUCGGUUUGUUUUUUUGAAAAUGGCGAAUCUAGGGUUUACAAGACCCAUCAUGUGGCUGCCAGUACCACCUUUUUCGGGGCAAAGAUGUGGAUGCCAACCUAGGAUCGACAAAAUUCAUCAAUGAUGGCAGGCCCUCCAAUUUUUUUUUGUACCAAUUCGUUUGCUGCCCCUACCAACCCCCCCUGACGGCUUACCUACCUCCUCAUCCCUUUCUUCUAAGUUCUAUCUGUCGGGCUCUCAAUCACAUUCUCAACGUCGCCCAAUUGCCAAAUUUCUGAAGCACGCCGAAGAAAAAUGGAGUUUGGGCCGGCAUUUUCUGGCUUAGGCAUCAGAACUGAAGGGACUACGAAGACGUCAACACUUAUUUGUGUGCCAAUAGUGUCAGAAUCAAUUGAUAAGAUGAUUGUUGAUGUUAAGAGAGCAGGGGAGAAUGGUGCUGACAUUGUGGAGAUAAGAUUGGAUGCAUUGAAGAUUUUCAAUCCCCAUGAAGAUCUUAAAAUUCUCAUUAAGGAGUCCCCUCUGCCCACCUUAUUCACUUACAGACCUAAAUGGGAGGGUGGUCAGUAUGAUGGUGACGAAAAUCAACGGCGGGAUGUUCUUCGAUUAGCCAUGAAAUUGGGAGCAGACUAUAUUGAUGUUGAGCUUCAGGUGGCUCGGGAGUUCAUUGACUCUAUACAGCAAGAGAAGCCAAACAAUUUUAAAGUCAUCGUUUCCUCCCACAAUUAUAAGAAGACCCCAUCUUUAGAGGAUUUAGGGAGUCUUGUAGCAAAAAUCCAAGCAACUGGAGCUGACAUUGUGAAGAUUGCAACGGCUGCACUGGAUAUCACUGAUGUUGCUCGCGUGUUUCAAGUACUUGUCUAUUCACAAGUUCCAAUAAUUGGACUGGUGAUGAAUGAUAGGGGAUUCAUUUGUCGGCUACUUUGUCCAAAAUAUGGUGGUUAUCUUACUUUUGGUACCCUUGAGGAGGGAAUAGUUUCGGCUCCUGGUCAACCGACUAUCAAAGAUCUAUUAAAUCUAUACAACUUCAGACAAAUAGGGCCUGAUACUAAGGUAUUUGGCAUUAUUGGAAACCCAGUAGGCAACAGCAAAUUACCUGCAUUGUACAAUGAACUUUUCAAGGCAGUUGGUUUCGACGCCAUUUAUGUUCCCUUAUUGGUGGAUGAUCCUACAAAGUUUCUAGAUACUUAUUCAUCUAGUGAUAUUGGUGGAUUCAGCGUUACAAUACCACACAAGGAAGCAGUAUUCAAAUAUUGCGAUGAGGUCGAUCCAGUUGCAAGGGCAACUGGAGCUGUUAAUUUUGUUGUUAGAAGAAGUGAUGGAAAAUUAUGUGGCUAUAACACAGAUUGUUAUGCUGCUAUUUCAGCCAUUGAAGAUGGAUUACUCAGCUUGCAUAAUGAUAGCUCCACAGUUGGUUCACGCUUAGCCGGUAAGCUCUUUGUUGUCAUUGGUGCUGGUGGAGUUGGCAAAGCUCUUGCUUAUGGUGCAAAACAGAAGGGAGCCAGGAUUGUAAUUGCUAACCGCUCAUAUGAUCGGGCUAGAGAACUUGCAGACUGUGUUGGGGGACAGGCUGUGUCUCUUGCUGCCUUAGAAAAUUUUCACCCAGAGGAUGGCAUGAUUCUUGCCAACGCAACACCAAUUGGAAUGCAGCCAAAAGUUGAUGAAACUCCCAUUCCAAAGCAUGCUCUAAGAUACUACUCCCUGGUUUUCGACGCUGUUUACAAACCAAGGAUGACUAGACUCUUGCGGGAAGCUGAGGAGUCUGGAGCAGCUAUUGUUCCUGGAUUGGAGAUGUUCAUCAGGCAAGCAUAUGAACAAUAUGAAGGGUUCACUGGCCUGCCUGCACCCAAGGAACGUAUUAGGAAAAUUUUGGCAGCUAAUUAAUGAUGUGAUGCCUGUCCUAAUUAUUCUCAAUUGGCAGUUUUCCUCUAAUUCUCUGCAUUCGGUAAGUUUUUUUGAUCUUUGUAUUGUAGAGGUCAAAAACUAGAUUUGAGAAAACAAGAGUCUGUUUAUAAUGACUUUCCAAGUGCUUAAAAAAGAUGAUGAGAGGAAGAUUAUAGUGCAGUUGCUCAUUUCCAUAGAACUAUUUCGGGUAAAAUAAGGUGGAAUAAUACUGAUUCUCUGUUGUAUCACUAGUAUUUAUAUCACCUUCACUUCCAACUCUGCCAUUUUGAAUCCUUGAAACAAGUGAGUUGAAUCUGUUGGGAACUUCCCUUUAGAAUCUUAGAUUAACUGUUGCAGUUAUAUUGAAUUGCCUCUCUGCCCAUUGGACUA